CCUUCUCUCUCUCUCUCUCUCUCAAGAAAGACAGAGAAUAGGAAAGAUAGAAUUUAUUCAGAAGGAAGAAAAGGGCAAUCCUCUAAGUCCUUGCUAGCUCAUUGAGAAGCUUCGAGGGAGGCUCCUGCUGUUGGAAAAUCACAGCCACCAUUUCUCCUCCUCCUUUUCUUUCUUAAUUUCCUUGGUCUCUAUCAACACAUUUCAUUCUUCAUCACCAAUUCACCUUAUAUAUAGAGAUAUGUCAAGGUCAACAGCAAGAAGAACUUGCCCUCUUUGAAACUUCUAUGCUCGGCUUCUUUGUCUUGUCUGCUCUUCUAUACUUGUGUGUUAGAGUCUUAUCGGUCAAAGGAGAUAACUUCGACCAUCAUUUUAAUGAGAGCUACCUAUAUGCUUCUUCUUGGUCUCUCAGAUUUGCUUAAUCAUCUCUAACCCUAGAAAACUCAACAUUUUAUUACUAUUUCUUUUUGUUUUUAUCUAAGCGCUCUCCCAGUUCUUUCCUAUUACUAUUUCUUUUUGUUUUUAUCUAAGCGCUCUCCCAGUUCUUUCUUUCUAUGGAACUAUUUCUACUUUGAUUCUUCUUCUUCUUCUUCUUCUUCUUCUUCUUCUCAAUACUCGACCCUUAUAGAUCCACUCGAUCGACAAAAAAUGGACUUUGGAUCGGGUUUUAGAGAAGAAGACCAGAUGAGUAAAGGUAAGCUCCCUUUCUCCUAUUCAUCUUCCUCCUCUCCAUCAUCUUCUUCCUCCCAGCACAAGGGCAAUCUGCUUCCUCUAUCCCAAAUAUAUGACCAUCAGAACGCUCAAAUGGGUUCUUGGUUAGGAAGCAAGUAUGACCCAGAACAGGAAGAUAUCUCCAGGUUUAAUGACAGCGGAGCUGCAGCCAAGCUUGAGCUUUUGGAUGUCAACGAUGAACAGCAACAAGGCUGCAAAGAAGAAUCAUCUGCUGUUGUUGUCAUAGAGAAGGAGCACAUGUUUGAUAAGGUAGUCACACCAAGCGACGUGGGCAAGCUAAAUCGACUUGUGAUCCCCAAGCAGCACGCAGAAAAGUACUUCCCAUUAGAUUCAUCAACCAACGAGAAGGGCCUUCUUUUGAAUUUCGAGGAUAGGACUGGGAAAGCAUGGAGAUUCCGCUACUCCUACUGGAAUAGCAGUCAGAGCUAUGUGAUGACCAAGGGUUGGAGCCGUUUUGUAAAGGAGAAGAAACUCGAUGCUGGUGAUAUUGUGUCGUUUCAGCGAGGGGUGGGUGAGACGGGCAACGAUCAUUUGUACAUUGAUUGGAGGCGCCGACCUGAUGCACCAGACCCAACCUCUCACAAUCACCACCACCGUCACCAGCAGCACCACCACUUCUCAUCCAUCCCUUGGAGUCCCCUACUGAUGCGGCCGCCAGCGGUGCCCAUGAUGCCUAGGGACCACCUUCACUUCUCGAAUCCCAAUAGGAAUGCGUAUUGCAAUGGUAGUGGUGGUGGCAGCGUUGGAUCUUCUUAUGGUUACGGUUAUACUAGCUGCAAUUACGGCAAUGUGAGCGCCAACCGUUGUCCGUCUUCAGGGACAAUGCUUUACAGGAGAUCGACAGCCCCGCAACAGGUUGGAUUGGGGAUGGUGCAAUGGCAGCAACAAGGAGCUGGUGGGUUCGUGGAGCCAAUGGUGUAUGAGUCGGUGCCGGUGGUCCAAGGGAAAGCUGCAGCGAAGAGGCUGAGGCUGUUUGGUGUAAACAUGGAUUGCCCCAUCACGGAUUCUGAAGAAUGUGACCAAUUGUCCUCAGCCAUAUCAAUACCUCCACAUCAUCAUGCUACUAUGGCAUUGCAGGCUCAUCAAAUUUCCUCACCUUCCCACCAUUCCCUCCAAUUAAAUGGCACGCCACUUCCACCCGUACCUUCUUCCACUAAGUUUUUCCGCGAAGGGAAGUCAUCCAUGUCCCUAGAUUUGGAUAUUUGAUUCGGUUUUAGUCCCAACACCUAUUAUCAACAAAGAAGACAGCUAAUUGAUCAAACCCAUUCUUGCUUUUUCUCUUUCUUUUUUCCUCCAAAAAUUGUUUCUCUUAUGCUCACCCGAGACUGGAGACACAGAAUUAAAUAGAAAAUGCUGCUUCAACGAAGUCAUUACUUGCUGAAUAAUGAGGGGCCAGAGAGGGUCGCAAUAUGUGUGAAUUAAUGCUAUUGCUCAUACUAGUACACAACACAACAAUUAAAAGUGGGGGUUGAAGGGUUGGAGUUUUCAAUGGGCGAAAAGACCUUCCUUGCUGAGAGCUCAUGCCAAAUCUUUUUCUUUUCUUUUCAUUUCUUUUUUUCUCAACUUCUGUAUAAAUGUUUAUGUAUAAUACAUUAUAUAAUUAGAUAGUUUUGUCAGAUAUGGAUUCAUGAGAUUUCAUGUCUUUUCGUUUUGUAGGGCCUGAUUUUCCUCACAUAUGCAUAUAUAUAUGUAUACAUAUGAAUGACAUAGUUUCUCAGUGCUUUUUAAUUUUCCAA